UUGCAGACAGAAAAUGGCAUUUUGUUACCAACUCUUCAGUCAGCUCUUCCCUUUCUGGACCUUCACGGAACUCCUCGGUUGGAGUUUCACCAGUCUGUCUUUGACGAGCUUCGUGACAAGUUGAUGGAGCGAGUCGCCACUAUCGCAGAGGACAAGGAUGAGGACCGGUGCGACAUCUAAGCUAGUAAACAGCAGGUCUUCAUAGAGAACUCAUCAACAAUUGUACAUGUAUGUUAGACAUUGAGUUUCUGGGUAUUCCUCCUCCCUCUACAGUUAUGGUAAACUUGAAGAGCUGCUGGAGAAGAGCUUCCCGCUGGUGAAGAUGCAUUCCAUUCAGCCAGUGGUCAUGCAGGUGCUGAAGUAUCUUCCAAAGGCAAGUCUCGGUCUUCCCACCUUCGAAUCGAAUCUGCAUUAGGGGUAAACAGCACCACUGUUCGUCCCAGCUCCUUUGUUAUUGUUUUGUUGUUGAAACGGAGGAGAGGAGCCUCCGGCAGCAUGGUAAAAACAUGUCAAGUACAUACUCUGCUGUUCAAUUGCACGUGCAAUGAUGUCCGAGGCGGGGGGGAAAAUACAGUGUUCGUUGUUUGCAGUAACUUCUUUGUUGUUUUAAUAUCUCAAACGGACGUGGCAGUUUCACCAAUUAAUGAUUCUAGCUUUAAGUGAAUGCACGUCAUUAACCCACAAUGCAGAUCUUUUUCUAUUUAUAGUUCUUUGCACAUCACAGUAGCCAUGAUAAGAUGCUUGUUUUGCAUGAUUCUUUCUCCAAAGCACCUUGAUCUCUACCACAGCUCAGUGUUUGAAAUGUAUGUCCUGAUUUACUGUUUAUUUUCCUAUGAACAGGUGCCAGAGAAAAAGCUGAAGCUUGUGAUGGCUGAUAAGGAACUGUAUAAAGUCUGUGCUGUUGAGGUGAAGAGGCAGAUCUGGCAGGACAACCAGGCUCUCUUUGGAGAUGAGGUCUCGCCCUUGCUUAAGCAGUAUAUCGUGGCGAAGGAGGCAGCACUUUUUAGCAACGAUCUCUCCAUUCUGCACAACUUCUUCAGCCCCUCCCCCAAAUCAAGACGCCAAGGAGAGGUGAGCCACCCCAGUACAUCUGGAUGUUUUCAUUACCUUUUGACUCCCAAUAGAUUCUGUUCACAUUCCAAUAAGCAUUUGUUAUGAUUAGGGCCAGGAACCCAUUAUAACAAGUAGGGCUGUGACGAUACCAGUAUCGCAAUAUUUUUUGGGACAACAUAACAAUGUUUAAAAUUGUUUUCCUAAAGAAGUUAAAUCUGCUUUGUGUUUUGUUUCCUUGCCACGAUACUAACAAGUAUCGCAUACUGGUAUCGUCCCGGCCCUAAUAACAAGAGUCCAUCGUUUUUCCUCCUCAGUCAACCAUUUGUUGGUCUGUACAUUCAAGAGAGAGUUGGGUGUGCUUGAGACAAACCCUUUUUCUGUAUAGGUAGUCUUGAAACUGACCCAGAUGAUUGGGAGGAAUGUGAAGCUGUAUGACAUGGUGCUCCAGUUUCUGCGAACACUUUUCCUGCGUACUCGUAACGUCCACUACUGCACCCUACGUGCAGAGCUGCUCAUGUCACUCCAUGACCUGGACAUCAGCGAGAUCAGCUCAGUAGACUCCUGCCACAAGGUAUGCCCAAACCCUGGGAAAGAGACUCUGCAACUCAUCUGAGUUGCUUUCUGUAGUCAAACAGGAAAAGUAUUGAUUUCAAAUAUAUAUAUAUAUUUUUUUGCAAAUAUGUUGGCGAAUGUUUGGCAUGCUGAUGCAGAGUGCUGUAUUUACGUCUAUAUCUUGGCAGUUCACCUGGUGCUUGGAUGCCUGUAUCCGUGAGAAGUUUGUGGAUGCCAAGCGAGCCCGGGAGUUGCAAGGGUUUCUGGAUGGAGUGAAGAAAGGACAGGAGCAAGUACUUGGGUGAGAGAAGAAGAAUGGAGGAAAUGUGAUUGAACAUGGCUUAUCAUUGCAACAUUUUUAGGAUUAAUAAAAAUAUGUGACAAAAAUGUUAAAGGUCUUCUUGCUUUCCAGUGACCUGUCCAUGAUACUGUGUGACCCAUUUGCCAGUAACACCCUGGUUUUGAGUACGGUCCGAAACCUGCAAGAAUUGCUAAGCCAGGACGCUCUACCCAGAGUAAGACAUUCAAUGUUGUCAUUUGUGGCCUUAUGUUUUUGUGUCCAUUUCCAUAUUCUGUCAAUGCUAUGUGGAGACCUAUUGCCACUACUAAAGAGAGAUGUUACUGUGUGAAUGAACAGGACAGUCCAGACCUGAUGCUGCUACUCAGAAUGCUGUCUCUUGGACAAGGUGCUUGGGAUAUGAUUGACAGCCAGGUCUUUAAAGAGCCUCGAUUGGUAUGCAGUCACUUCUUAUUUCCACUAGUAUUAUUUUAUAAUCAUGUAUUUUUCUUCAGUGAGUUUACCUGUCUGUAUUACAUUACUUAUGAGCUACAUGGCAACAAUAGUUUGAUGUGCAGAGCAGGAAAACAACCUCUUUACAAUUAACUACAGCUAGAUGGGGUAAAUGCGACAAAACCAGCCAGGGCAGAGACUCAUCAUAUUUGAUUCCUUCCCUCUCAGGAACUGGAAGUUGUGACCCGUUUUCUCCCAGCCAUGUUGUCAGUACUUGUGGACGACUACACCUUCACUGUAGAACAGAAACUCCCUAGUGAGGAUAAGACCUCCCUCUCCUACCCCACAGCCCUGCCUGAUAACUUCAGCAAGUAACUACUGGGAUGGGAUGUCACACAGGGGAAGGGGUUAGAAUGGGACAUACUGUUACUUUGUAAGACUUGGCAUGCCUGUAUUUCAAUUUUGUAAAUGUGUGUUGACAUUAAGAACAUUAUCAUGUUGUUUACUCCAAUUAGGGAAGGGGUGGUGGGGUUGGAAAGUAAUAAAGGGAAAUAUAUUUUUAAAAGUGUGUGUGUGUGUGUGUGUGUGUGUGUGUGUGUGUGUGUGUGUGUGUGUGUGUGUGUGUGUGUAUAUACACUGCUCAAAAAAAUAAAGGGAACACUAAAAUAACACAUCCUAGAUCUGAAUGAAUGAAAUAAUCUUAUUAAAUACUUUUUUCUUUACAUAGUUGAAUGUGCUGACAACAAAAUCACACAAACAUUAUCAAUGGAAAUCAAAUGUAUCAACCCAUGGAGGUCUGGAUUUGGAGUCACCCUCAAAAUUAAAGUGGAAAACCACACUACAGGCUGAUCCAACUUUGAUGUAAUGUCCUUAAAACAAGUCAAAAUGAGGCUCAGUAGUGUGUGUGUGGCCUCCACGUGCCUGUAUGACCUCCCUACAACGCCUGGGCAUGCUCCUGAUGAGGUGGCGGUCUCCUGAGGGAUCUCCUCCCAGACCUGGACUAAAGCAUCCGCCAACUCCUGGACAGUCUGUGGCGCAACGUGGCGUUGGUGGAUGGAGCGAGACAAGAUGUCCCAGAUGUGCUCAAUUGGAUUCAGGUCUGGGGAACGGACGGGCCAGUCCAUAGCAUCAAUACCUUCCUCUUGCAGGAACUGCUGACACACUCCAGCCACAUGAGGUCUAGCAUUGUCUUGCAUUAGGAGGAACCCAGGGCCAACCGCAUCAGCAUAUAAAAUAUAAUAUGCCAUUUAGCAGACGCUUUUAUCCAAAGCGACUUACAGUCAUGUGUGCAUACAUUUUUGUGUAUGGGUGGUCCCGGGGAUCGAACCCACUACCCUGGCGUUACAAGCACCGUGCUCUACCAGCUGAGCUACAGAGGACCACACAGCAUAUGGUCUCACAAGGGGUCUGAGGAUCUCAUCUCGGUACCUAAUGGCAGUCAGGCUACCUCUGGCGAGCACAUGGAGGGCUGUGCGGCCCCCCAAAGAAAUGCCACCCCACACCAUGACUGACCCACCGCCAAACCGGUCAUGCUGGAGGAUGUUGCAGGCAGCAGAACGUUCUCCACGGCAUCUCCAGACUCUGUCACGUCUGUCACGUGCUCAGUGUGAACCUGCUUUCAUCUGUGAAGAGCACAGGGCGCCAGUGGCGAAUUUGCCAAUCUUGGUGUUCUCUGGCAAAUGCCAAACGUCCUGCACGGUGUUGGGCUGUAAGCACAACCCCCACCUGUGGACGUCGGGCCCUCAUACCACCCUCAUGGAGUCUGUUUCUGACCGUUUGAGCAGACACAUGCACAUUUGUGGCCUGCUGGAGGUCAUUUUGCAGGGCUCUGGCAGUGCUCCUCCUGCUCCUCCUUGCACAAAGGCGGAGGUAGCAGUCCUGCUGCUGGGUUGUUGCCCUCCUACGGCCUCCUCCACGUCUCCUGAUAUACUGGCCUGUCUCCUGGUAGCGCCUCCAUGCUCUGGACACUACGCUGACAGACACAGCAAACCUUCUUGCCACAGCUCGCAUUGAUGUGCCAUCCUGGAUGAGCUGCACUACCUGAGCCACUUGUGUGGGUUGUAGACUCCGUCUCAUGCUACCACUAGAGUGAAAGCACCGCCAGCAUUCAAAAGUGACCAAAACAUCAGCCAGGAAGCAUAGGAACUGAGAAGUGGUCUGUGGUCACCACAUGCAAAACCAGUCCUUUAUUGGGGGUGUCUUGCUAAUUGCCUAUAAUUUCCACCUGUUGUCUAUUCCAUUUGCACAACAGCAUGUGAAAUUUAUUGUCAAUCAGUGUUGCUUCCUAAGUGGACAAUUUGAUUUCACAGAAGUGUGAUUGACUUGGAGUUACAUUGUGUUGUUUAAGUGUUCCCUUUAUUUUUUUGAGCAGUGUGUGUAUAUAUGUGUGUGUGAGAUAGAGAUAUAUAUAUCAUUCUAUAUAUAUAUAUAUAUAUAUAUAAUGAUAUAAUCUAUAUAUAUAUAUAUAUAUAUAUAUAUAUAUAUAUAUAUAUAUAUAUAUAUAUAUAUAUAUAUAUAUAUACACACACACAGUGGGGAGAACAAGUAUUUGAUACACUGCCGAUUUUGCAGGUUUUCCUACUUACAAAGCAUGUAGAGGUCUGUAAUUUUUAUCAUAGGUACACUUCAACUGUUAGAGACGGAAUCUAAAACAAAAAUCCACAAAAUCACAUUGUAUGAUUUUUAAGUAAUUAAUUUGCAAUUUAUUGCAUGAAAUAAGUAUUUGAUACAUCAGAAAAGCAUAACUUAAUAUUUGGUACAGAAACCUUUGUUUGCAAUUACAGAGAUCAUACGUUUCCUGUAGGUCUUGACCAGGUUUGCACACACUGCAGCAGGGAUUUUGGCCCACUCCUCCAUACAGACCUUCUCCAGAUCCUUCAGGUUUCAGGGCUGUUGCUGGGCAAUACGGACAUUCAGCUCCCUCCAAAGAUUUUCUAUUGGGUUCAGGUCUGGAGACUGGCUAGGCCACUCCAGGACCUUGAGAUUCUUCUUACGGAGCCACUCCUUAGUUGCCCUGGCUGUGUGUUUCGGGUCGUUGUCAUGCUGGAAGACCCAGCCACGACCCAUCUUCAAUGCUCUUACUGAGGGAAGGAGGUUGUUGGCCAAGAUCUCGCGAUACAUGGCCCCAUCCAUCCUCCCCUCAAUACGGUGCAGUCGUCCUGUCCCCUUUGCAGAAAAGCAUCCCCAAAGAAUGAUGUUUCCACCUCCAUGCUUCACGGUUGGGAUGGUGUUCUUGGGGUUGUACUCAUCCUUCUUCUUCCUCCAAACACAGCGAGUGGAGUUUAGACCAAAAAGCUCUAUUUUUGUCUCAUCAGACCACAUGACCUUCUCCCAUUCCUCCGCUGAAUCAUCCAGAUGGUCAUUGGUAAACUUCAGACGGGCCUGGACAUGCGCUGGCUUGAGCAGGGGGACCUUGCGUGCCGUGCAGGAUUUUAAUCCAUGACGGCGUAGUGUGUUACUAAUGAUUUUCUUUGAGACUGUGGUCCCAGCUCUCUUCAGGUCAUUGACCAGGUCCUGCCGUGUAGUUCUGGGCUGAUCCCUCACCUUCCUCAUGAUCAUUGAUGCCCCACAAGGUGAUCUUGCAUGGAGCCCCAGACCGAGGGUGAUUGACCGUCAUCUUGAACUUCUUCCAUUUUCUAAUAAUUGUGCCAAUCUCACCAAGCUGCUUGCCUAUUGUCCUGUAGCCCAUCCCAGCCUUGUGCAGGUCUACAAUUUUAUCCCUGAUGUCCUUACACAGCUCUCUGGUCUUGGCCAUUGUGGAGAGGUUGGAGUCUGUUUGAUUGAGUGUGUGGACAGGUGUCUUUUAUACAGGUAACGAGUUCAAACAGGUGCAGUUAAUACAGGUAAUGAGUGGAGAACUGGGGGGCUUCUUAAAGAAAAACUAACAUGUCUGUGAGAGCUGGAAUUCUUACUGGUUGGUAGGUGAUCAAAUAUUUAUGUCAUGCAAUAAAAUGCAAAUUAAUUACUUAAAAAUCAUACAAUGUGAUUUUCUGGAUUUUUGUUUUAGAUUCCGCCUCUCACAGUUGAAGUGUACCUAUGAUAAAAAUUACAGACCUCUACAUGCUUUGUAAGUAGGAAAACCUGCAAAAUCGGCAGUGUAUCAAAUACUUGUUCUCCCCACUGUAUAUGCGAGAAGAAGAAAAAACAUGGGGGAUUGGAAGUGAUGCAGACAAUUACAUUGAUGGAAGUUACAAUCUAUCUGCAAUAUUAAAGCUGAUCUACCCCCUAAAAAAAAGAGAAUAUUAUCAUGUAAAAAAUGUAGAAUGUAAAACACGUAGUAUUGAGAUUCUAAAAUAUACAUUGAAAUUAUCAAUGUUAUUUACGGUGUACAUGAAACUGCUAUACGUUUAAUGAGGACAGACCUGGGUUAAAAUAAUAUUUAGGGUAUUUCAAUUACUUUCAAAGGUAUUUGGAAGUAAGUAUUUUUAGAUAUUUUUAUUUAUUUGAAAAGACAAGUAGUUGAAUAUUGGAAUGUACUGUAUUUGGAAAUGCACUUGGAAUGUAUUUGGAAAGUUUUUGAAAAUACUCAAAUACACUCAAAUACACAAAUACACUCAAAUACACUCCCAUGCAUUUAACUCAGGUAUUUAAAAAUAGUAUUUGAAAUAAGUAUUUGAAAAUACUUCCAAUAGAAGUAGUUGAUUCGUGCCACAUAAUUUGAAAAUACUCAAAUACACAGAAAAUAAGUAUUUAAAUAACAUACUCAAAUACACAUGUAUUUGAACCCAGGUCUGAAUGAGGACCCUCUUUGAUUAAAGUAAGUUCUCCCCUGCACUAGGUACCUGCAGGAGAACAGGGUGGCUUGUGAGAUGGGUCUGUACUACGCACUCCACAUUGCCAAGCAGAGGAACAAGAAUGCCUUACAAAGGUUACUUCCUGCAUUGGGUAGGUUCUGCACUUGUUUUGCCACAGGUUAAUAGAAGGAAAGAAAUUGUGUUAGUAAAUUGUUGUUAACCUGGCUCUCACCAUUGUUUUGUCUCUGUCUUGUAACUGUAGUGGAGACCUACAACGACAUGGCCUUUGGGGACAUCUUCCUGCACCUCCUGACAGGACACCUCACCUUGCUCUCUGAUGAGUUUGGGACUGAAGAGUUCUGCUCUGCCGUGUUUGAUGGCUUCCUCCUCACCUCUUUCUCCAGGUCUGUCUUGUCCUGGGACAUACAGGAGAUUACUGCGAAUAUUGCAUUUGAAAUGAAUGGAAAUGUUACUUCACAUUUAUGAAAUGUGUGAAAUUGAGGUAGAGUACUAUACUUCCUGUACUAAUGGUAAUAUAUUUUGCCUUUCUUAUCUCACAUAAACCAUAACUCCCUAACAUAUUUAUAUGUGUAUUCCAGUAAAGAAAAUGUCCACAGACACAACUUACGCCUGUUGCUUCACCUUCACCAGAAAGUGCUGCCAUCUUGUGUGGAGACCUUAGUGAAAACCCUGGAACCACCAAAACAGGUGGGCAAACUGCCACAUUGCAUGAAAUAGGUUCCAAAUGUAUGUAAGAGAUUGAGAUUGAACGGGAUCCUGAGCGCUUACAAAUUCGUAACAUAUUGUACGAAUUGCAAUUCACUAUUGCAGGUUUAUUAUAUCUUUUUUAUUUGCACAAUAUAUCAUACUAAAUAGAUGAUGUUGUGCACAAUUUUCAGCGACCCGUUUUUGCUUGUGAGCGCUGCUUUCAGAAUUACUGGUGUAAAUUCUACAAAACCUUUUAACGCAUCUUUAAUUGAAACACCUGAAUAACUAAUGGUGUAAUCAUGCAUUUUUCCCAUGAAAACAUUAUAUUAACCACAUAAGAUCAAUGAUUGGGGUUAGGUUAAUAUAUUUAGUCUGUGGCUCACACUAGGUGGUGAGUGUUUGGGGGCGGAGCCAGUCUAGGAAUAUCCAAUCACACAACAUGAUUGUUGUAGACACACCACUUCGCAUAUAAGUGGCCGUAAUGCGCUCUCAUCUAACUUCUUUCAUCUUCCUCACGGAUUUGAUGUAGAUCCUCUACGACUCUCCUAAGGAUGGACUUGGACCUCUGCUUUCCUGCUAACCUGUUCUCAGGUGGACCAUAAAGGACUCCGCCGCCAAGCAUAGGAUAGCAGCUUCUCGCGAGAGAGGAUUGAGCUCACAACGAAAACUACUUCUCAGUGUCUAGGCUCACGGUCAUUCGUCGCAGAUGCUUCAAGGUCCCGCCCCAACGAUUCCCGUGGAGGAAAGAGAGGGAGACGGUCCUAGGGGUCCCUCCCCACCGGCAGAGGGGAGCAGGUCAUUGUUCACACGAUGUUCGGCCCUGCCCCCUCCCGGGCUGAAUAUUGCAGGAGGGGCAUGUCUGCUCCACCAGAGCGCGUUCCCCAGUGCAGCGACCAAUUGUUUUAUAUCAAAGCACAGGAAAGAUGGAGCAGACCACUUUCCCCGGAGUGUCCUACAUACCGUAGCGCUCCCCUCGACACCCUUGUUAGUCGAGUCAGAGGCCGGAAGACAAUAUUUAAGUUGCCACAAAGCACUGUCCCCGUUCCGUGUGCAUUUAUUGCCUUUUCAAAUGAAAAUACCACUGUUGCACCAAAGCGUUUCGCCAAGGGCACAGAACAUGUUACGGCAGUGACCAACUUGCCACACAGGCAGAGAACUGGUGUGUGUGCACAGUCCAUCCCUGGGUUCUAUCCAUCCAUGGUUACGAGAGGCUACCGAACUCAGUUCGCCAGAGAACCUCCCACAUUCAACAGAAUGUUGGUUUCAGUAGCGACUGGCGACUCAGCUCAAAUACUAGAACCGGAGAUCUCCUCUCUGUUGAGCAAAAGGGAGAUCAAAGUAGUAGUAGUCCCGUGUAGCUCAGUUGGUAGAACAUGGCGCUUGCAACGCCAGGGUUGUGGGUUCGAUUCCCAUGGGGGACCAGUAUGAAAAUGUAUGCACUCACUAACUGUAAGUCGCUCUGUAAAAGAGCGUCUGCUAAAUGACUAAAAUGUAAAAUGUAGCAGCAGCAGAAGCCCAGAGCGGUUUUUCCUGGUUCCCAAGAAGGGUAGGGCAGCGCCGCCAUUUUGGACCUACGGGUCCUCAACAACUAUCUGAGAAAGUUCACGUUCUGUAUGCUUACGCAAAACGUGUGGUCUCUCUUCAUUCGUCAAGGCUAUUGGUUCAUUACAAUCGAUCUGCAGGAUGCCUAUUUUCACAAGCGUUCUGCCAGAACACAGGAGAUUUCUCAGGUUUGCCUUUUGAGGCAGCUCUAUGAUAUGAGUGAGGUGUCUCAUCAUGUUUCCCUUCACGCUCUGCGUAAGGAAGACAACAUGUACUUAGAAGUGAGAUGAACACGUAUUACAGCAUCUUACACUAUCGGUCAAAAGUUUUAGAACACCUACUCAUUCAAGGGUUUUUCUAUAUGUUUAGUGUUUUCUACAUUGUAGAAUAAUAGUGAAGACAUCAAAACUAUGAAAUAACACAUGGAAUCAUGUAGUAACCAAAAAAGUGUUAAACAAAACAAAAUAUAUUUUAUAUUUGAGAUUCUUCAUAUAGCCACCCUUUGCCUUGAUGACAGCUUUGCACACUCUUGACAUUCUCUCAACCAGCUUCACCUGGAAUGCUUUUCCAACAGUCUUGAAGGCGUUCCCACAUAUGCUGAGCACUUGUUGGCUGCUUUUCCUUCACUCUGCCGUCCGACUCAUCCCAAACCAUCUCAAUUGGUUUGAGGUUGGGGGAUUGUGGAGGCCAUGUCAUCUGAUGCAGCACUCCAUCACUCUCCUUCUUGGUAAAAUAGCCCUUACACAGCUUGGAGGUGUGUUGGGUCGUUGUCCUGUUGAAAAACAAAUGAUAGUCCCACUAAGCCCAAACCAGAUGGGAUGGCGUAUCGCUGCAGAAUGCUGUGGUAGCCAUGCUGGUUAAGUGUGCCUUGAAUUCUAAAUAAAUCACAGACAGUGUCACCAGCAAAGCACCCCCACACCAUAACACCUCCUCCUCCAUGCUUUACGGUGGGAACUACACAUGCAGAGAUCAUACGUUCACCCACACCGCGUCUCACAGAGACACAGAGGUUGGAACCAGAAAUCUCAAAUUUGGACUCCAGACCAAAGGACAAAUGUCCAGCGGUCUAAUGUCCAUUACUCGUGUUUCUUGGCCCAAGCAAGUCUCUUCUUAUUAUUGGUGUCCUUUAGUAGUGGUUUCUUUGCAGCAAUUUGACCACGAAGGCCUGAUUUACACAGUCCCCUCUGAACAGUUGCUGUUGAGAUGUGUCUGUGACUUGAACUCUGUGAUGCAUUUAUUUGGGCUGCAAUCUGAGGCUGGUAACUCUAAUGAACUUAUCCUCUGCAGCAGAGGUAACUCUGGGUCUUCCAUUCCUGUGGCGGUCCUCAUGAGAGCCAGUUUAAUCAUAGCACUUGAUGGUUUUUGCGACUGCACAAAGUUCUUGAAAUGUUCUGUAUUGACUGACCUUCAUGUCUUAAAGUAAUGAUGGACUGUUCUUGCCAUAAUAUGGACUUGGUGUUUUACCAAAUAGGGCUAUCUUCUGUAUAACCCCCUACCUUGUCACAACACAACUGAUUGUCUCAAAUGCAUUGAGAAGGCACACAUGUUAAUUGAAAUGCAUUCUAGGUGACUACCUCAUGAAGCUGGUUGAGAGAAUGCCAAGGGUGCAAAGCUAUUUGUGGCUAUUUGAAGAAUCUCAAAUAUAAAAUAUAUUUUGAUUUGUUUAACACUUUUUUGGUUACUACAUGAUUCCAUAUGUGUUAUUUCAUAGUUUUGAUGUCUUCACUAUUAUUCUACAAUGUAGAAAAUAGUAAAAAUAAAGAAAAACCCUUGAAUGCGUAGGUGUUCUAAAACUUUUGACCGGUAGUCUAUAUUUGGAUCUUCCUAGAUUGGCUCCGCCCCCAGGCAAUCCCCAUUGUGAGACUCUUCACUCAUAAUAUCAUAGAGCUGGGGUUACAUCAAGUAACCUUACGUUUUACAGUUCUGACAAUUUACAUGUUUGUUUUUUUACUCUGAACUUCACCUAUGGCUUAUAACAGAGUUUUUCCUAGUCAGGUCACAUAGUCACGUACCAUAGUCAGGGCCAUGGGAAAGCUCCUGGCCCAAUGACACAGCUACUGUAUUUCCAUAUUCUUCAUUCUCUGUUCUCCGUGCUUCUCUGGUGUCCACAGAGCAGUGACCAGGUAAAGGAGCUGUACACCCAGCUGACAGAGAAAGUGGAGGCCCAAAGGAAGAGUCCUCCCCAGCCAGACGAAGCCCCCUCCCUGGACCUGGGGCUCCAUCCUGUUAAAGUGCCCACUACAGCCUCCACUCCAACAACAUCGCUCUGA